AUGGGAACGGUCAAAUCGGUUGGAGAAAGAGAAAGAACCGGAGUUCGGGAGUUGAAAGGGACAGAAGAGAAGGAGAAGGAGGAGGUGGCAGGCGAUGGUAGAGGGAACAAAGCGAGAAAGAUAGCCUGGUACACUGGGAAGGCAGGUCGGGUAGAGGUGACGGGUUCUAUGGAACAGAAGGGUGACGGCGGCGGCGGUAGCGGAGGAGGAGGAGGAGGAGGCGGCGGUAGCGCGGACGUAGUGGAGGUUGGCGGAGACGUGGUGGUGGUUGGUGAUGGUGGUGUGCGAAGAGGCGGCAAGCGGCGAGCCGGCAACCGAGAGCCGAACCAACCGACGAGAAUCUCGUUCGUAGGAAAUGCUUCGCUAAUAGGAAGCUAUGCGUUCGUCGAUAGAUAUCUAACAUGGACCGACCGGACCGGAUCGAUUGACCGACCGACCGAUCCUCUCGACACGAUCGUCCCUUGGCCGCCUUUGCCAGACCGUUCGUUCUUGGCGUUUCGAAGCAACGUGGGCAAAGCGGCAAGAGUGGAAGCAGAAGCAGAAGCAGAAGCAGAAGCAGAAGCUGAAGCUGAAGCUGAAGCGUUAGCUAGCACACGGGGAGGCCAGGGUGCUCAGCGUGUUAGGAGCACUGUCACCCUCGACUUGGCCGGGAGAGAGAAGGGUGAGCUUUCACAGAGAGAUUACACGAACCCCUCGAGUACGGGAGCGCUGCAGCUACGUUAACCGCAAGCCGGACGGUCAUUAUUAGCAGGUACCUUGUGUGCACGGACCUCCGGUAAGCCGUACAUCGUUGAAUAAUUAGAAUGCCGCACGACUACUGCCGACCACCGCGUCUAAACACGUUCGUAACACGUUAUCAUCUUUGUCUCGAUAGUCCCGACGCGCUGCGCGAUUCUUCCACCGUCUAUUAAUUUCAAAGGCAACGCGCGUUUUGUGGAAAUAUUUACGAGCGUGGCGAGAGGAGCGCAAGCAUUGUAGUUCGGCUUCUAAAAUCUAUCGACGGCUGGGUAAUAAUUUAUUUGUUUCGAUCUUGUAAAAUUACAAGAGUGGAAGGAAGACACGGCCAAGGGAAAACCAAAUGAUUUGCUUUGACAACGAUUGUUAAUUUCAGGUCGCAGUAUAUAGAUAGAAUUGAUUAAUAUUUUCUUUCUCUUCUGUAGUCGAUCCAUUAAGGAGUAAGGAAUAACUUAUUAUAAAUAGUUCUAUAUUUCUUUGGAUAUAUACUAUAUAUAAUAUUGUAUUGAGAGUAAUUUUGAAAAGUGCACAAUAAUCAUAUUAAAUCAAUCAUUUUUUUUUUUUAAUAUAAGAGAAUUAA